AUGGCCGUACUGUCACCAUUGACCACCGAUCCAGAUGAUCUUGAGAUCAAGACUAAACUGCCAAAUGCACUCCACUUUCGGCGCGGUCGACACUAUGCUCGCUCCAGAAACAUGGAGCUCGAGUUACCAAUACCGCCCUCAUCAACAGACAAGAACAAACCUGACUGGACGACGGUAAGGAAAGCAUGGUGGAGUGUGAUUGACUUGGUAUACCGCUCAGCAAACUCACCAAUGCAUUUAGCAAUGGACAUGAGAAUUACAGGCGAAAGUGAGAUCAUUAUGGCUCCUCAACGUGGAAACAAUCAUGGCACCGUAGCUAUUGAGAUUGGAUCGGUCACUGACUCGGUUACUGAGNAAGAGUGGCAAACUUUCUGUCAGGACUUUGUGGAUGCAUUGACAAAACUUGCUCCUGAAGGUAGGCUUCGACCCCAUUGGGGAAAAGAGUGGGUGAAGAUGCGAUUUGGUGGUCUUCCAGCUCGCGAAUACAUCAGGUCGGUGGCUUAUAAGAGCGAGAUUCCAGAAUGUCUGGCCGCUUUGGAAAAGAUCGGCAAACGACAAGGGUGGACUUUGAAGGAUUUGCGCAAGAGGUUCUCUAACAAGUUGUUGGAUGAUAUAUUCUUCUGCGAUACUCAAGCUCAUGCUUGA